UCUCCAAAAACUCAACUUGAUGUGAGAUGAUAGGCCUCAUGUUAUUUUGUAGUAAUGAAGAUGAGCAAAACAGCAGAGCGUGUGGGCAAAAACUUUAGCUGAAUACAAGUUUCAGCUGGUGCAGUUCAUCAAACUUCAUACUGACAUCUUCAAUUGAUAACUGUAACAAGUCCCAGAAUCCUGCUAGGUCCUGUGAAGUUGGCCGGGGCAUGGCACUGGGAUCCUGAGGAACACACAAUAAAAACAUGAGGAGCGGAGACCGGGGCAGAGAGCGACGAGGCAAGGCGGAAGAUGUCGGCGCGGCGCGGAUCGGAGAAGGAGGACUGUGGGCGCCGCGAGGAGAAGCAGCGAAGACCGAGUGAAGGAGGCGCGGGGCUGGACGAGGAGCAGGGUGUGAGCUGGCCCAUUUCCUCGCUCCAGCAGGAAGCGGCGCGACCUUCCUUCACUCGGCAGAAGACCGUCUCGGAGGAGCGGCGGAGCGGUGCGGGCUCGGAGCUCGUGGCCUGGGGUCUAGCUGAGCCCCGGUCUCCAUGCUGCAAAAGGCAGCCCAACGAGGGGCGAGCUCGGUGUGGGGGGCCUUUUUUCCAGUCAACGGCACCAUUAUUUCCCCCUACCUCUGUUUUUCCUCUUUAAGCGGGCGUCUGCUGCAAAAAACAGGCAUGGCUCCUUCCAGGAAGCCGGCGGCAGGGAAGAGCCGCUCCCAGGGGGCUGGCAAGGGAGCUGCUGGGGGGUGAAGGCCCCACCCCAGGCCCGCAGCACCUGCCACUAAAGAGGGCAGGGCAAGCAGACCCAAGGGGCCUGUGCAACCCCGGGGCAAGGUGGGGGGCAGCAGGCUACCUUUCUCCCCCUCCCCUAGCGGUGCGCAGGGAGACCCAGAGGCAGGCUCCAGCGGGCUUCGCCGGGCAGGCAAAACAGGAGUGGGGCGUGGGGUGGCGCGACCUCCUAAGAGUCGCAAGCCCGCUAGGAGGGAGGCAACAGGUGGGGCGCAAGGGGGGCAAUCCAGGGCAGACCCUGACCCCCUGGCUCUCCAGCACAUUAGCAGGGCUCUGGAGGCCCUGACAGCCAGGGUAGAGCACCUGGGGAACUCCAGGCUUGGGGCGGCUACAGCUGCCUCGGAGCCUGUAGAGGCCCCCCCUCGGAAGAAGGGCCGCAAGACGCAGAGGGGGUCAGCACGCCGGCAGGACUCUCACUCUCCAUCCUCCAGUUCAGAGCGGUCGACCAGCGGUCGGCGGGAGCGGGCUGCAAAGAGGAAGAGGUCUGGGCGCAGGAAGAAGAGACAGCAACGACGCCAUGAGGACUCAGACAGCGACUGGACCACAGGUGAGUCCUCGUCCUCUGAGGAUGGGGAGCUGGAGGGCGAUUACUGGGAGGUGGCCUCUCGGGUCCCGGGUCUUCCCAGGUGGACGCAGCGGCGGCGUCUCGGGCACCAGGGGGGCGAGGGUGACCCUCGGGAGGUAUGGGGCUCCAAGGAUAGCCCCCCGCUGCCCGCAGCCUGCACGGACGAUGAGGACCCCCCGGGCAGUCAUCUGUCUCGCAAGGCUCGAGAGCGCAUCUUGGACGGCUUUUACGUGGACAUCCUAUCGCUGCUCAGGCCGGAAGCCGAGGAUGGGAGGUCUGCACCCUCCUCAAAAAAGGAAAAGGUGCCAAAAAGGAGUCAGCCGAGCGCACGUUCGCAAACUGGCUGGAAGGCUUCACUGUCUACUUGGGGGUGGUGCAGGCCGCCUAUCCUGACAGGGGUUGGCACCUCUCAAACCACUUAGGAAAUGUUCUGAGGGCCCGUGCCCUCGCCGGGGACAUGGCGGCCCUGGAUUACGACGAGGCCUUUCGCAAGCGGGCCUCUCAUAACCCCAGGGCUCAUUGGGACCUCAUCAACCAGAAGCUAUGGCUCUGGCUGGUGGGACCCCACAUGAAGGGCAGGGGAGAGGGCCCCCGCACUGGCCGCUGGCCUUACCGCAGGGAGCGGGGCAGGGGCCUGUGCUGGGAAUACAACCAAGGGAAGUGCCAGCGGCCCAGGUGCCGUCUCGAGCACAAUUGCGAUGCCUGCGGAGGGCCCCACUCCCGCCUGGCUUGCCCCCGCGGUUCAGCUGCCCCCCAGCCCUUUUGAGGCAGCCGGCCCUCCAACAACGGCACACGCAGGGAGGGAGGGUCGGGUCCCACAGCUUCCCAGCCUGCCAGCAGCGGGAACUAGUCACUUCUGUGGGCUGGGGGGCCUGGCCCGCACCCCCAUCAGGCUCCAUGCCCUCACCCCCCUCCUGGCAAGAUACCCAGACAGGCAGGCUGCCCGGUUCCUGCGGGAGGGCUUCUCUUCUGGCUUUCGUAUCCCCUUCACUGGCCCCCGCGUGGCAGCCACAUCCAGCAACCUCAGGUCAGCCAGGGAGUUGCCAGAGGUGCUCGCUGCCAAAAUUAACAAGGAGGUAGCCGCAGGGAGGGUGGCAGGGCCGUUUAACAGCCCCCCUCUGCCCAACCUCAGGGUCUCCCCACUGGGGGUGGUACCCAAGAAAACCCCGGGCGAGUUCCGCCUCAUACACCAUCUUUCGUACCCCAGGGGCUCCUCAGUGAACGAAGCCAUCCCACCCGAGCUGUGUUCGGUGAGGUACGCCUCAUUCGACCAUGCAGUUCGGCUAGUGCGGGCUUGCGGGAGGGGGGCCCUCAUGGCCAAGUGCGACAUCCAGUCGGCAUUCCGGCUCCUGCCCAUCCACCCCAGCGACCAGUGCUUGCUGGGAUUCAAGUUUCGUGACCGCUGGUACGUGGAUAAGGCCAUGCCCAUGGGUUGCUCGGUCGCCUGUGCGGCCUUCGAGACCUUCAGCACCUUCCUGGAAUGGGUUGCCAAGGACCGCAUGGGGGCCCCCUUUGUUAGUCACUACCUGGACGACUUUAUCAUCAUGGCCCCCCCUAACAGCCCGGCCUGCGCCGACCGCCUCCGCAUCUUCCAGGAGCUAGCGGCUGAGCUAGGCGUCCCCCUGGCAGAAGAAAAGACAGAGGGGCCUUCUCCCCGCCUCACCUAUCUGGGCAUCGAGCUGGACUCGGUGGCUGGGCUUUCCCGGCUGCCGGCAGACAAGCUGGCUCGCCUCCGGGACCUCCUGACGGGGACACUUGCUCGCAAGAAAUGCACCCUCAGGGAGUUGCAGUCGAUAAUUGGCCACCUGAACUUCGCCUGCAGGGUGGUCUCCCCAGGGCGGGCCUUUUGCGCGCGGCUUACCAGGGCCUGCCGGGGGGUUAUUUCCCCUCACCACCACAUUCGCCUCACCAAGGGCAUCAAGGCAGAUCUUGAGGUCUGGCUGAGAUUCCUGUCCGGUUUCAAUGGCGUCGCCCUGUGGCAGGCCCCCCUCGACCUGGGCACCGCGCUCCAGGUUCACUCAGACGCAGCCGGGAGCCUGGGGUUCGGGGUUUUCUUCAGGGGCUGGUGGUGCGCCCAGCCAUGGCCCCCCUCGUGGGCGAGUGCAGGGGUCCUUCGGGACCUCACAUUCUUGGAGUUCUUUCCCAUACUGGUGGCGGUCUCCAUCUGGGGGGACCUCCUGCGGGACAAGCGGGUGGUGUUCUGGUGCGACAACCAGGCCACGGUCAGGGUCAUCAACAGGCAGUCCUCUUGCUCCGAGAGGGUGAUGCGCUUGGUUUGCCGCUUUGUCUUGACCUGUUUGGCCACUAACAUUACCUUCUCAGCCCGUCAUGUAGCAGGUGUGGAUAAUGGCCUUGCAGACACGUUGUCUCGGUUCCAGAUGGAGAGGUUCUUCGCACUGGCGCCAGAGGCUCAACGCAUCCCGGAUCCCUUCCCGGAGGAAUUGUGGCUGGCUGGCGGGACAUCGUGAUGCAGGGAGUACUUAGCUCAGUUGCGCCCUCCACACUCAGGGCCUACACGGCGGCAAUGGAGCGCUUCGUGGGUUUUACCUGGGGGGCGGGCGGGGGGGCUGCCCUCCCCCCUUCUGAGGAUGAGGUGCUGUGAUACCUGGCCCACCUGCGUGUGCUGGGGCGGGCCCCCCACUCCAUGUGGAAAGAGCUUGCAGCGGUAUCCUUCUUCUGUAAGGCCCUAGGGUUUCCCGACCCAUGCCGUGGCUUCAUUCCCCGCAGGGCCGUCGAGGGUUGGGCCAGGCUGGCUCCGCCUCCCGCCGACAGGAGGCGCCCCAUUUCUCUUUCCAUCCUGCGUCAUCUCCUGGGGGUCCUUCCCAACUGCUGCUGGUCCUCCUUCGAGGCUCAACUGUUCCACACAGCCUUUACCCUGGCCUUCUUCGGGGCGCUGCGGGUCGACGAGCUGGUGGCGGGCUCCCGGAAUGACCCAAGCGGCAGGGCGCUCAGCCUCGCGGACGUCUCCUGGUCCCCCCAGCAAGUGUCCAUCACGAUCCGUCGCUCCAAGAUGGAUCAACGGGGAAGGGGGGUCACCCUAUGCCUGCGGGCCACCCGGCGGGGGUCAGUUUGCCCGGUUCGGGCGGUGGGCGCUUACCUGGGCAUUCGCCCUCCCCUCCAGGGCCCCUUUCUCAUACACAGGGAUCACUCCAGCUGGGGACAGGACAUCUGGCUCCAAGACCUCCAGGAUGGCCUCUUGGACUGGGUCAGCGGUAGGAGUGUUGGCAGGAGCCACGGGUGGCUCUAGUGGCGGUGGGCAUUGGAUCAGAUCACUUUUUGGGGAGUUGGGGGCCUCCGCGUUGGGGGUUGAGGUCCAUCGGCUGGCAGGCGGGUCAGCCGAUGUUGUUCUGGGAUCUGAUCCACAUGCUGCGCCAAUACUCCUUACUGCUGUUUCAAUAAAGUUGUGGCCAUGUUUUCUCCAAGCUUUGUGUGGUCUGGGUUUGUACAAGCGUCCUCCUCCCUCCCCCCAUCGGUGCUAGGCGGCAAACGCUUAGCGGAGCAUGAGGAUGGAAGAGAGCCAAUGUGGUAUAGUGGUUGGAGUGUUAAUUUAAGAUUAGGGAGACAAGCGUAAAUCCUCACUCACCAUCACAUUCACCAUUAAAUUUAUCAGAUGUCCCCUGAGCCUACCACUCUCUCUCAGCUAACCUACGUCAUAGAAGAAAAGGGCCAUAUAUUUUGUCCUGAGUUUCUUGAAGUAAGGACAGGAUUUAAAAAGACAUUGAAACACAUCUCCAAAUUAUAUUAUUUUUAUCGUAUUUAUAUCCCGCCCUCCCCGCAAGCAGGCUUCACUUCAGCUAGUAGAUUAGGUUUAUACCACAUGUUGUGUGGUACAAAUUCAUUCUCUAUGCCCAGUUUUCAACUAGGGUACUCCUGUGUACUGCAAUCCAGUGGGUAGGAUUUAACGAAACAUGUAGGUAAGUACUCUUGUGUUUCUCCAGACAAUCUAGAUUUUCUCCAAAAUUUAUGCUUAAAAAAAUGUCUGCAGUGGUAGUCAUUGAAUGCUAGUGGUAGUCAUUGAGUCGGUCCAUUCUACCCUUAUUUAAGAAGAUUAUACUUCUUUCCUAGGCACUCCAAUCAGAAAAAAAUACUACAACAUUUCCAGAGUUGCUCUUCUGUUGCUUUAUGUCCUCUGGUCACAAGAGGGCUCCCUUGUACCACUGAAAUGUAUAUAAAUCAAUAAUGCAUACUAGUGCUUCAUGCUAUCAGCAUUGGCUCUUCAAAAACGGUAUUAACAGAGAUGCUUCAUCUUGAGACAUACUUGAAUUUGAUCUUAUUCAGAAAUUAUAUAUAUAACUGUUUGACUAUUUCAAGUGUUAUAGCCCCAGUGCACUAGCAACACACUGAUUGUUAAAAAAAUUCCACUAAUUAUCAAUGCAGAUAGCCGUUCAGUAGCUAUUAAAAAAGCUUACCAUGUGAUAGCGGUAACUGUAUAUUUAUUUAUUUAUUUUCAAUUUUUAUUCCACCCUCCCCACAUUUCCAGCAGGCUCAGGGCGGAAUAGACAGGUAAGCUUUGCAACUUCCGUGCUCCAUGUUUUUUUAUCCCUGCUUGCUGAAUUGCUGGCCAGGUGGUAAUACUGUAACUUAUAAUGUCUUUAUGUUUUGCUACAAAUACAGCUGGUAGUUUUCUGGGCAACUACCUCAACGCUUUAUCAGUUGCUGUUCUGUUUCCACCCUUAGAGGGGAUGUCAGCCCAUAACUUGAUUAUGUUGGCUGUCUGUCACAAUUUAUUAGAUGCCUGGCUUGGUUAUAAAAUGUAUAGGAUUAAUUCUUCAUACAUCUCCAACUUAGGAAACAACAUUCUGACUAUUAGCUACUUUCUUCUUGCCUAUUUUUUCUUACACUGUUUCUAUUUUGAUACAAAAUGAUUUCCUUUUCGUUGCAUUCUCUUGUAUUCACUAUAGCACACAGCUUCCAAUUUUGAAUGGUUAGAUGCAAGGGAUCAAUCCCAAAUGUUCUAGCUAUAGGAUUAAAUAUGUUGUCCAACUUUUCAUUGUAACUUUAAUUAUUUACAAAUUAAACACUUGAACAUACUUUAACUACUGUAAGUUCUUUGACAGUUAUUAAGUGCUUAAAGUAGGGGUGUGUGAUUUCAUAUACCUGGUCUGAAAAUAUACCAAAAAAUACCUUACCGGUAUUUUGGGGUGUAUUUGGGAAACCUGCAUCAUUUCAGAAUUCUCUGCUAUGCAUUCUCAAAUAAUCUGGAAAUAUGCAGGUUAUUCAGGAACCAUGGGAUAGCAUGAUUCCAUGUUGUUGCUCCUGUUAGUUUAUCGCAUCUGAUGAAGAGAACUGUGGUUCUCGAAAGCUUAUGCUACAAUGAAGUCGGUUAGUCUUAAAGGUGCAACUGGACUCUUUACUAUUUCCCAUGACCACUGUGCCCCAUCUCUUUGUGAACUCUGUAAUUUGUUCUAAGAGUUUCUCAUCCAAGUCUUCUGCUUGCUCUGGUGGUCUAUAGCACCACCAUAGUGGCACUAUUAUUUCAUAUUCCUUUUAUUUUUACUCUCAACUGAACUUCCAUGCUAAGAUACAUGUAUUUCCUCACGUAUACACAUCCUUUACAUAUAAUGCUACUCCUCCCCCCUUCCUUGUCUAUCUUUUGAACAAGUUGUAUCCCUCAGUCCUUGUAAUCCAAUUGUAGUGUCAUUCCACCAAAUUUCAAUAAUGUCUAUUAUGUCAUAGUCCCCUUCCUGUAUUCGGACGUCACAUUCCUCCUGCUUGUUUCCCAUACUCUGUGCAUUUGUUUACAGACAUCGAAAGCCAUGAGUUAUAUGCCCUGAGGUUUUUGUUUCUGUGCUUACCUGCAAGUUAAUGUUUCCUAGCAUAUGUUCCACUCCCUGCAGGUCUUCAGUGUUCCGUUCUCCAGUUACAGGGUUUGAAUUUUUGACUCUCUCCCCCAUAGGAUUUAGUUUAAAGCCCUCCUUAUAAGGUUUGCAAGAAGAUGCACCAGAAGCAGGUUCUGACAGGUGUACUAAAGCACUUUCUGAUCAGCGACAUGAGCACUUGCUAGAACUCUACCCACUCUAUGCUUGAGCAUUUGGAGGAGCAGAAGAGCACCCUCACAAGAGAGUCAAUUCACCCAAGAGGACUGGCUGACCAUCUCCAAGACAGUGGAGGAUUUUAGGUCCUCUAAGGACUUCAGUGUGACAGUCUUGUCAGAUAUGGCAACUGUGGGUCUGGUCAUUCCACUGAUCCAAACACUUCAGAGGAAGAGGGCUUCCUUUCUGGACUCAGGUGUACGAUGUGCAGACCUUGUUCCAACAGUACACAUUCUCGUAAGAAGGCUACAAGAGGGCAUCAAAUCCCACCUGCAACCUCUGACUGAACAAAGAAUGAACAUAUAGUUGACCAUGUGUGACCUAUGCAUCAAGGGCAGCCUUGCCGAGUGGGCUGGCAAGCUCAUCAGCUUGAAAGAUGAGCUGUGUUAUGAGUAGACAUGGGCAUGAAUGGAAAAAAAAACCCGAACACCCUGUUUGUUGUUUGGUGCCAUCCACAAACAAUGAACAACAAACAUGGACAAACAUGGACUGUUCCUGGACAUAUUCGUUGUUUGUGGGGGCCAGAACUACCCCCACCCCAACCCCCCACUUAGCUCCUCCUUCCCUCAAACUCACUUACGUGGCCCUUUAAAGAUCCCUUUAAACUAUCAGCUGGCAGGCGGCAGGGAGGAUUCCCCCCUGCCACCUGCCAGCUGAUAGUUUAAAGGGCCCUUUCCUGCCACGUGCAAAGAGCAGGGCCAUUUAAACAUCCCACAAACUGACCUUCCCAAUGUCCAAUACCCAUCAAAUUUGCAGGUGACAUAGUCCUCACUGUCCUCUGAAGACCCCCAAAGUUUCAGAGAGAUUGCACCCUGGAAAAGGCAUGAUCCAUGGGUCUCCCUGUUGGCUGUCAUUUUCUCUUCACAGUGGCAAAAAUGGGACUCUCUGUUGGAAGUACUUUGAAGGGUUAAAGCCAGAAGGAAAGCCGGAAGGAGUUCAGACAGACUUCAGUCCCUCCCUGCCUCCGGUUGCCAAGGGGAUUGAUUGCAGGUGCCAGACUGUCUGGCUUGCCGAACGGCUGCCGAAGGCAAUGAACAAGGCUUUUAAUGACUACCUGUUCGUUUAGGAUGUGGCCUCAUGAACAGCUUGCUUGCGAACAGCAGAUUGGGCUGUUCGUGGGUUUUUUCUGUUUGUAAUGCUGUUCUUGCCCAUGUCUAGUUAUGAGCCCCUUUCUUUCUCUCAGAUUUUGCCUUUAACCUUUGUCUUUUUGCUCACUCUGGGUAGAUUGCUGCCACCAGGAAUUAUAUUCCAAAAUAAUUUAAAUUUCCCCUUUAAUAACGCGCCCAUAAGUUAGGCUUCUUCGUGGUACUAUGUGGCCCUGAGGAUAGGAAUGGGAUAUAGGAAUAACAGAUACUCUGGGAUAAG